AUGAGUAGUAACCUCCAUAGCUAUGUCUUGCACCUCCUGAAUAGCUCCCAAGUGUACAUAAAAAAGAAGGCUAUUAUUAGUCUGUACAAAAUAGUGAUAUGUAAUUUCGAAACGUUGCCAAUUUUUUUGGAUUCCAUUAAAAAGAGCUUCGUUUCUUUAUACAACAAUGAGAGUGCAUCGUAUGAUAAGAUGGGCAAGGACGAAAUGGAUCACGCUCACCGGAACAACACCACGCUGUGCUGCCUUAUUGUGAAUAUUCUGGCGGAGGUGUUCUGUGCCCUGGAGAGGAGCGCCAAGGUUAGCGGCGGAAAUGGCAGCGGUGGAAGUGUCAGCUGUGGAAGUGUCAUCUGUGGCAGUGUCAGCGCCGCUAACCUGAGCUGUGCCAAGCCAGGGAGCAGCCACUCGGUUGAGGCCCCCCCACACGGAGGAAUAAGUACCUGCAAUCAAGGCCAACCGGGAGCAGUUGCCAACGGGGGGGGAGUAUCCACAUACCUGAAGAAGUUCCUCGUAUUCAUUCCUUUGAUUUAUAGCAUCCUGAACGAACGACUCAGCCUGAUCGACAACUGGAAGUUCAUAAAAAUUAUUAAAUUUUUGAAAAAGCUAGUUAGAUACGAAAAUAGAAUCUACAGAAAGUUCCUGCAUCUAAUUGUUCAUGUGUUUUUUACGAACAAAGCGAAAAGCGUCAUCUAUGAGUGCCUCAGCUUUUUGCUCCUCAACUACCAGAAGGGGUGCGUGGUGGAUUUGGACCUCGACCGGUACGCGCCCUGGGGCGAGGCCAGCCUCCAGCCCGAGGGCAGCGUUCAUCGAACCGUCCAGCGAAGCGGUGAGGGGGUUUGCGGCGAGGGGGUCUGCGGUGAUGGAAUCUCCGGCGACGGAAUCCGCGGUGAUGGAAUCUCUGGCGACGGAACCCACGGUGAUGGAAUCCACGGAGAGCUCGCUGAUGGCCGCCCCCCCCUGCCGCCGCCAGACUCCAUGGACAGGCUGCUACAACUCUGCUUCAUCCACCUCGCAAAAAAUUUCCACAAUGAAGAUAAAAAUAUCGUAUACGUCACGACGAAGGCAUAUCUAUCCAUUUUUGCUACUCCAGAUGUUCAUCACAAAUUUAUUCAACACAACAUGUUGGAGGAAUUAUCGUCCAACGUGCUGAGUAGUCUCUACGAAGACGUAACGAUAAGGAAGAGUCUCCUUCGUAUUGUGUACUACCUCAUGAAUGUAAACAAUUUCGAAUCAAUCGCGUAUAACAUCUUAGCGUACCUUUAUCACGGGGCAGAAGGAGACUUCGUAGGAGAGUACUUAGACACCAUUUUGUUGUAUGGACAGAAAAAGGGGCACUUAUUGCGAAAUCGUAAUCUGUAUGUGUUUAUUUUAUUUUACAUGCUGUGCAUUAAGAACCACAAGAAGGAGCCCAAGGUGAUUCAGGAGAUCCUGCGCGUGAAUAGCAGUCAGGAGGGGACCACUCAUAUCAGCACCAACUUUCUCAGUGCUAUGUACGUCGUGACGUACGGAGCGGCGCUUAUGCGGCGCGAGCUGGGCGGGCGCGCCGGGGGUGGCCAUGUGGGUGGCCGUGUGGGUAGCCUUGGGGGUCCCCGGAGAAGAACGCAACAGAAGGAGAGCCACGAGUCGGAGCUGCUAAACCAAGUAAAUACCUUCCUUAAGGAAAUAAAAACGAUCGAUGCGUUCGCCCGAUAUGACAUACUAGAGUACAUCAUAGGGACACUAAAAAUGCAUAGAACUGAUGAUAGACACGACAAGGAAGAGAAUCCAUACAAAGACGUAUACCAAGAAAACAGAAGGUUGGUUCUUUACUACGUGAACAAAUUUUCAUCCCAUGUGGGAUACCUGCUUGGGAGACAGAACAACGUGGAGACCAUCGAUUGCUGCGUUAUUUUGAGACGUGUGUUUUUUUUCAUGCUCAAGGAGAAGCAUGAGGAGAGACUCCCUCCUAAAGAGGAGCACGACACCCCUACUGGAGAUGACACCAACCGGGGAAUCAACAUCUACUCCUGCGUCACGGACUAUCUCCAGCUCGAUCCCUCUGAGGAGAAACUCAAUUUGGAGCGUCCCUUUAAAUAUGAAGACUCGUUCUUUUUGCACACCGGGGGGAGUCGUUCUGUAGGAAGUCGGUCUGUGGAAGGUCGUUCUGUGGAAGGUCGUUCUGUGGAAGGUCGUUCUGUGGGAAGUCGGUCUAGGGAGCAUAUUCCUCGCGCGGUUCAGAAAUCGAGUACCUGUGAGAUGAAGCUUCCCCUGGCUGGGGCAGACACAGUCGCGUCCACCGCUUCGGCGAGGACCCCUUCAGCGAGGACCGCUUCUAACAUUACGGCCUCCGCCUUGACCGUGGACGAGGCAGCCAUUCCCCGCGCAAGCAGCCGUGAGCUCCGCGCCAACGGAGAAGCCACCGCCAAUGGAGAAGCCACCUCGCACGGAGAACUCCGAUCCUUUCUGCGCGAACUGAACGAGGAACAAAGCAAGAGGAGACAAACAGACAAGCAGACCUUCCACCAAAUUAGCGAGAGUGCCCACAUGAAGGUAUAUUUUCAGAUGCAUCAGGACGACCGUCUGCUCCGUUUGUAUGUCCAAUUGGUGGGGUCUCCUGUAACGGUUAAAAAUCUAUCCAUGCGUACAUCUCUCCAAGUGAAUAAAUGCUUGGUAGCAUUCAACGGUGAGGAAGAAGAACUGGUUCUGUUAGAGGAUGACAAGGUGGCCCAGGAUACAACCAUCAGAGAUGACUUAACAAGAAAAAAGGAUAACCACGGUGGUCCGUCUCUCGAGAGGAAUCACCCAGAAAAAACUGGAAUUACCACCCUAACGGAAUUAACCACUGUCGAAAACGUCACCAAAAAUUUUUUCAUUAGUGUUCACUUCGACGUUCCAUCCGGCUCCGUUAAGUUGGCCUACUCCUAUUUGUGCAACUCGAUUCUGCACGAACAGUUAUCUAUUGAGAUCCCAUUUGUACCUCUCGAACCGGUGGCCCUAUCGAUAGACGAGCUUACGAACGUACGUUUAAAAAAAGGAGGAAAUGGUGCAGCGAGCCGGCAUUAUGCAGGAUGA